AUGCCGAAGGAGCUUAUAGGUUGCCACAAUUGCUCGCAGCGACGCAUCAAGUGCGACCAGUCCCGUCCAAAAUGCAACAAGUGCUUGCGGAAGGGUCUUGACUGCCCCGGGUACGGGAUCCGAUACAGGUUCAAUGAUGGUAUAGCUUCACGCGGUAGAUUUACAGGCCGCACAAUUCCAAUCGACCAGGCCACAAGUACUCAAGGGCCGCUGGAGCACAGGACAACGCCGGUCCUAUUGUGGCCAGAUGGCACCACGACUUCGACAUUCACCCAAGCUGAUCCGGUGAUAGAAUCCCGUGGUUAUGAGGACACAGAACUGCUUUCAGAAGGCGAUCAUAACUUGCCAACUUUGUCCGCUGACAUUGCAAACAUUGCAGACAGCGAGCAGCAUCUAUCGUUCAUGAGAGGAUUUACUGGAGCCUCGUCAGAGUUAUUGCUCGAACCCAUAGUCUGCCUUUUGUGCAACUCGACACAUCAGCACGGAGUCUGCCCCAAUCAGGUUUCACCACCCCUUGAGCUUGUCGGUCCGCAGUAUCGAGAAUUAUUCGCACAUUUUUCUUCAACGAUUGCACCGGUGAUGGUGGUCUUGGACGGCAAAUUCAACGGCUAUCGUGAUCUUAUACUGCCGCUUGCCUUUGAAGAUCAUCUUGUCCGGUCUGCAGUAUGCGUCGUCGCGAUGCAGCACCUCGCUUAUCAACAGCCAGGAUUGCAGUCUCGUGCUGAAGCAGGAUUUCAGUCGAUCAUCUCCGAGCUGCGCUUACGCACAUCCACUCAAGCCGAUCUCCUCGACAUUUCCGCCUGGACCACGAUAAUCAUCCUGUUGACCGGCGAGACCAUCACCGGCGGCACUAACUUACCCUACUUGUUUAAGAUCCUUCAGCACCUCGCCGCUGCGAACACAAGGGAUGGCCGAAACAGCGUAAUGCACUCAUUCCUGAUGGAACAGACUCGUAUGAUGACUCUCUUUGCCCAGCCGCUCUUAGGAGAGAGCUCUGGGACUCUGACCCUGAGCACCCGACCGGCAGCGUACUUUGAGUUCAUCUCCAACGCAGCCAUUUUUCACCCUAUGCUUGCACCCCAGAUCGGGUUAUAUAAGUCUGCCAUACAUAUGGCCUGCAACAUAUACUUGAAGCGUGUCACAAGUGGUCCGCCUCACAGUGAGACUGUUGCAGACCUCGCCCGCCUGAAAGGUCUGUGUGAACGGAUUCAACCUACUACACCAGGACAUCAUACGCUUGUCUGGGUCUACUUUAUCGCCGCAGCGGAGAGUUCGACACUGGAACAUCGCGACUUCUUCACUAUGCGACUGCAAGAGGUCUUCUCGCGCACCCGAUUCCAUAACAUCCCCACUGCACUUGCAGCGUUGCAGGAGUUCUGGAAGGUCCAAUCGGAGAGAAGGUGGACUGAGAUUCUACCACAAGUCAUGCCUGUCUUCAUAAUCUGA